AGAAGGGGAAGGAGCCUGCUUACCUGCUUACCUCUCAGCUUGAACCCUGGGCAGCGCAGCGGGGAUGAGUCGCUUUGCAUCCUGUUGAGUGUCGGGCUCGUUCAUCCAGAGGCUCAGCUCUCGCCCUUGUGAAAUUGAGAGCUGAAUUUCCACUGCUUGGAGUGGUGUCAAGCCAUAUCUCGUUUAUCAGGCUGCCAAUGUCUCCUGCAGAAUAACUGCAGGACUCAUCCCACCUCUUCCUCACUCACCCCGGUGGUGAUGGUGUCUGCCUGGGAAUGGGAUCUCCAUUCCACUAACGAGCUUGCCGCCUUCUUGUGGCUCCCUUUUCACCUCCCAGCUAACUGUAACUGUCAGAGAUGAAGCAUUAUGACUCCAGGUUGAGUGGGGAGAAAUAGCAAGAGUCUUUGCACUUAAAAGAGCGAGAGAUGCUGUUUUCAUGAAAAUGCAGUGAAAUGCUCUGAAUAUCAGAUCACGGGGAACAAACCGCACCAAAAUGACAGAAUGACUCUGAAAGAGAGCUCGGUGUUUCCUUCUCUUGCUUUCUGUCCCUCCUUGAUAAAAUCAGCAUCUCAAGACGUGCCUCUGAGUCAUUUGCUUGCGCUCAUUCCCCAUCAACCACCUGAGAGUGAGGAAUAUUUCCUCCUGUUGGAGGGCUGUGUGCUGUGUUCAGGCUCUCCCAGGCUGAGAGGUACGCCGAAAGCAGCUAGAAAUCCCCAGCCCGGGGGCCUGACUACAGAGGCUGCCGUGUUUAAUGCUAACACUAUCUGAGCCUUGGCCUGAAGCCCGCUUUCUGCAGAUGCCAACCUGGUUGGGUGUCUGUACUUGCCUGAGUCUGUUUGGAGCCACUAGUAUUUUAGGAAUAGCUGCUUGCUUCUGAGUGUCCCCAAGCUGUCGUGGCUUUCCACCGGAGGCGUUUGCUGUGAUGGUCACGUCCUGUCUGCGGCGUAGUCCUUGUUUUUGUUGUUGCUGCUGCCAGUCCCAGCAAGUUCACUUCCCAGUGUCUGCUGUACAACUCGGGGAGACCUCGAGGCACACAGAGUCAUGCUCUGCUCCUUUGUAGGCCCUGCCUUGGGAUUCCCUGUUGGGCUUAUAGCAGCAUGGAAGCAAUUAGUCAUUGUCUUUGCUCUCGGUCUUGUGUCUGAGUUCUGGCAAUGCCUAAGAGGCCUUUAAAGGCUGCUUUGUGCAGUUCCCCACCACCACUGCUGUGCGUCCCAGCCUGCAGGGCUGGCCGUCCUGCUUGGCAGCCUGUGCUCUGCCACUCUCGAGGGAUCCUGCAAACAGAGCUGGGCUCUUCCUGCAGGAUUACUCCCUCCAGACUGCUGCUUCCUCCUCUCUUCCCUAGAUGAGGUGUGGAAGGUGUGGAAAUGGCAGCUGACUGCCCUGGUUCGCCUGUGCACGGCCAGCACUGUGAUUGAGGAGCUGGCAGUGCAAAACAGCACUCGGUGCUGCAGGGCCGUGUUUGUGCAGCCCGGUGCGUGCCGGCUGUGCCUGCUGCUCCCAGGGCUGAGCCUGCAGCUUGCUGGAGCUGGAGCUGGAGAAAUGACGUGAAAUCCUAACGCACAGAAAUGCACUUCGUGCACAGCCAGCCUCCGCAGCGGGGCGGAUGUUGGGGCAAGCACAGGAACCGCUGCUCUCUGUGCAGAUAAAGGCAGCGUCCUGUUAGGAGCGGUUUGGUGAGAAUGAUGCUUUUCCCCCGCUGAAGGAGAGAGCUCAUCCCGGCUGAGUGCUGCGUGGUUCCUGGAGACAGGAAAAUAGCUGGCCAUGAUUCACCGAGCAGCCUCUGCGUGGGAAGGCCUUGCUUUAGGCGGUGAUUAUGGAAGCGGGUUCAAAAGACGUGCUGAGAUCAGCCGGGCUGCCAGGCAUCAAAGUCCCCGCGGUUCCCAUGGUGAGACUGGUGCAGCAGCGGGGUGAAGCAGAGGCAGCUGCUUGGUUUCCAGAGAGAAACAGAUUAAUAUGCUCCAAAAAAAAAAAAAAAAAAGUAAAUAGACGAAGUCCAAGUAGGUGGGUCCGCCUCUUCACGGCCUCAUCCCUGGGGCUCUAUAGCGCAGGAAGGAAGUGCAGUACUGGGCAGUCAGUCUGAGGCCGGCCAGGAGUUCUGGGAUAGACUUUGCUUUUCCUGCUGGUUUCCUGCCCCUGCCUGUGGCCGCCUUCAGAGCUGCUGAUGUUUGGCUGCCGAAGGCCAGCACAGAGCCAAGGAUGCUGUGGUGUGCCCCGUGCCUCAGGGAUGAAUGCACACCUUCCUUGUUACGAAAACAGGGGGUGGGAGCGCAUCACGAGCGGGCUGUUGUUGGAGGGAGGCCUCCCUCACAGUGGGGGUAUGAGUCAGGGAAGAAAUCAGCGCUGUGUGGUGUUUGAGGUGUGCUGGAAGCUGGGAGGAGGCUGUGGUGCCUCGAGGGCUGAGGCUGGUGGUGUGCAGCCCUGUCUGCUGGGAGCAGAUGGACACGGGAGCAGCAAAAGGGACUUGGUGAUGGAAGCAGUAGCCUUGUGACAUCCAGAUCUGAGUCCCUGUUCUCUUCUGAACCAGGCUGUGUAGUCUCUGUACAUGUUAGCAUCUAAUGUUUUAAACAAGAGCAUGCCCCUGCCCUCCCCAGUGUACCGGGAGGCUACAGCUACCUAUGGUUAAAGGUACAAAUACACGGUAGGGAAAGGAAUCUUGUUGCUAAAAUCUCUGCUUGGGGCAAAGGUUUUAUUUUUAAAUAAAUCCUCGAUAGCUGCGUGUACAUUCCAGAUAAAUUCUGGCUUAGCUGCAAGUCUGCUCGGGCUCCUUCUUGCUUGCGUACGUGGAGGUGUUUGGGCUGCAGCUGGGUGAGAGCAUUCGGCUGAGCCUGCAGACUCUUCAUGGCCAAGGUGACGUGCCAACCCUUCAUGGCAAGGUUCCUGGCACGCCAAACCCUUCGUGAAGCUGUGCAGUGUUGCAGGUGCUGGUGGCAGGACCUUGCUCUGCUGCUGCUAUUGAGAGCUUUGGGAGCCAGGGGCUGGCAGUGCCUUCUCGUGCUGCUGCUGCUGGAAGUGGCGGUGGCAGCUCUUUGCCGUGUGUCCUUCCGUACCUGUAAGGUGCUAGGAAGGGGUCAGGGCACUGAUGGUCUUCGAGGUGAGAUUUUAGAGAGUGUUUCUGUUCACCUGGUCCCCAUUCCCCAUCGUUCAUGAAGAGGGGCGGCAGGGUCCUGUUCUGGUCGGGUUUUUGAUGGUUGCUUUUGCAUCGCUGCAGAGAGAUGGGCCUUUCCCUGCUGGGCCCUCUGCUCACUCUGGGCCUUUGCGAGGUCGCUGCCAGAGCUGUGCAGAUGUCAGCACGAGGCUGCUGGGGCUGGGAGCACCCCUGGGUUGCAGCAUGCUUAAACUGUGAGAUCUGUGCAGCUGAAUCCCAGCGGUUCUGUCCACUGCUUGGUUUGACCGAAGCUUUCUGGAUGCCUUCCCUUUUCUGGAGAAUUGGCAUUUUCUGGGGUUUCCUGCAGCAUUUUGGAAAGGUUCUGUACUUUUCUCUAAAAAUCCUUUUCAGAAUGAAUACCUCUUGUGGAGGGCCACAAAAAUGAUCCAAGAGAUGGAACACCUUGCCUAUGGGACAGGCUGAGAGCCUGGGGCUGUGCAGCCUGGAGAAGAGAAGGCUCUGGGCAGACGUGAUAGCGGCCCUUCAGCAUGUAAGGGGGGCUGUAAGAAAGAGGGGACAGACUCUUUAGCAGGGACUGCUGUGACAGGGCAAAGGGAAACGGUUUCAAACUAAAAGAGGGGAGGUUUGGAUCGGUGCUAACAUCGGCUCUGAUGCUCAGGACGUGCCUGUUCAUCGUGCUGGAGCGGAGCUGGCGCUCCCCAAGUGCUGCAGCGAGGUGGCUGUGUCCCUGCGUGGGUUGUGGUCCACUGGGAGCUGUGGCAUCUGAGUUCAGCUGGGAUGUGGUAGGGGAACCGUGCUGCGGGUGGUUGUGGGUACCUGCUUGGUGGGAGCGUUGGGCUUGGAACUGUUUGCUUGCCAGUUCUCACCAAAUCACGUGGCAGCUGGAACGCUGCCUUGCCCCAGAGAGCGUGCAGUGCCGAGGAGCUGGCAGCACUCCGUGCUGUGGCUUCCAUCCCUGCCCAUCCGCUUUCCGUGCUGGCUGUUCCAGCAGUCCGUUUCCUCUCAAAGCCUCUUAAUUGUCUAAAUUGAGACUAUUUAUAGCUCUGGAGCUGUAAAGAAAUGAGAGGAUGGCACAGAGGAGUAGAAACUGAAGUUCUUAGUAUGAACCCAAAUGGCCCCAGUGGUAUGAGGGCAAAUUUCCCUUGCUCUCCUUUUCCUGCCCCAUGCCCCCAGGCCACCUUCCCCAUCUCUGUUUCCCACAAGCGUGGGUAAAAGCCAGGGCAGGGAGGCAGAGAACGUGCUAAGAUCUUACCAGAGAUGCCUGAACCCCAUGCCUGGAGUGUUGCUGUCACACUGUGGAAACUGCAGCAGGCCUGUCCCUUCAAUAUGCUAUCAAGAAAGGGCAGCAGCACCUUUAUGUGGUUUUGGGAUGCUCUGCAGUAGCUGAGCCCCCUUGUUCACAAAGGUAGGGUCAGGUCCUUCUCUGGUGCAGGAAUGUAGGGUCAAGUCCUUCUCCAGGUGCAGUAAUUGGGUAAUUUUGCUUUGGUGCUCUCAGGAUGCAGGUGUGCAUGCAGGACGUUGGUGUCUGUCUGUGGCUAUGCCCAGAUCCAUGGUCCUGUCCUCUUUCUCUCUUUUGGGAAGGGAUCCCAGGGCUGUGAUCUUGCUGUGAAGGGGGACAGCCUCUUGUACGCUGUGGUCACUCGUGCUGGGAGGGCACUUGGGUGUUGUACUUGGAGCAGGUUGUUCCCAGAUGUGCAUAUGCUGGGGUGAGCUGGGAGGCGGAUUGGCAGGAAGUGAAUUUGCUGUUCAUUUUUUAAGAGUAAAAAAAAAAUAGAGCAGCCAAAGCAGGAAUUUUUCUAGAGCAGCCCUUCUGCCUUGCUCCUUUGACUUUCCUCUUGCUGCAGAGGCAGAAGCCUGGCCAAGUGCUUCAUGGCAAAUCCCUUGGCCCCUGCAGGGGUGUCAUGCAUGUAGCCUGGAGCUGUUGAAGCAGUCUCCGUCCUCCAGCAGGAGCUGGUGAAUGGAUGCUGUGACAGCAGGAGCUCAGGAGCCUGCCUGAGUGCUGCAAGGAGGGAGCUGGUGGAGGACAUGCAGUGUGUGGAGCAGAGUCACUUAAAAGAGCCAGGGUGGAACCACACACCCCUCCAGCUGAUGCUGUGCAGUGUCUGUCCUGCAGGGAGAUGUCCUUGUGUCAGGGCUGUGCUCCUGCUGCUCUGGGCUUGGCAGAGAGGGCUGAGGGCAGGACCAACUUGCUGCCUGCUCCAAGUGAGCUCCCUGCCCCUGUGAGCUGUUCAGCGCUGCCAGGUGCCCUCUGUCUUCCAGGCUUGUUUUGGAGCUCAUUCCUUCCUUCCAAAAGUAGCAGGCACCAGUUGCUGCUGGAUUUCCCCCACCGGUAACUUAAUCCGGUUUGACACCUGUGGGUCUGGACUUGGUUCUCUGACUUAAUGUGGUUCAGAAAUGCGGAGGAGAAUGCAUGAAGCUGCAGUGUCCUUUAGCCUGCCAGGACCGAGGUGAUGCUGAUCCCAUCUGGGCUUGGGGCCGGUGCUGGUGCGUGCUGGGACGGGGCAGCACGUGCUGAGCAAACCCUCUGAGGCCUUUGUUUGUUCGUGUGAAACCAUCUUGCUGUGUGGGACUGCCACGAAUAAAAGGGCGCUUGUUCAAGGGACACGGAGAGGAAAGAUAAGCUGUGGUUUGAUGCUGUUUCAGUUUGGCAAACUGAAGCUGCAAAACAAAUGACACAUCUGUCUGCUCCUGCCCAGGGAUCUGCAGCUUGCCCGAGGAGAUGGCCUUAUCAGCAUCUCUUCAUCUCAACAACCCACCCUGGGCUUGUAUUUGAAUUGGGAUCCUCUCCGUGCUCCGUUCUGACCCUGCUGGGUACAGCAGGGCCGCGAUACCGCAGCCAGCAGCACUGAAUCCAUGUGAGGGGCAGGUGCUGCAGGCCACGGAGGGGUGGUGUGAAGAGCUGAUCCGAAGGAACUGCUCCUGCCUUCCAGAUGGUGUUCAUGAGGCUGCAGUAGGACGGGAAAACCAGGAGGAAACUUGAACUGUGAACGCAGCCCUUCUGGAUGGCGGUGGGACGAGCAGCAGGAGGCUCGGGGCAGUGCCUGGGGUAGGGAGGAGAGUUUGGGCUGCAGGUGCUUUGGGGCUGCCAAGCUGGCAGCUUGCUGGGAGCCAGAGGGGCCUUGCCUGCCCUUGCUCAGAUCUGCAUAGCACAGCUUUGUCUCCAGACGCCUGGGUUUGUGCCCUGCUGCUUCUGGCACGCAGUGUGGAGCGGAACCGCGUGCUGGGGCUUAUAGGUGCAGGGAGCUGGGCUUCUGCAUUUCGAGCGUGGCAGGCUCGCUGCAGGUGCUGGAGGCUGGCUCUUGCUGGCUCUUACUGCCUUUCAAGAUGCAGAGGGCAGGUCUGUACACACUGUCCUUCCAUACCAUUCCCUGAUUGCAGAGAGGGGAGAAGGAGGUGCAGGUGAUCACAAGCAGGAUCGUUCGUCUUCCUGAAAGCCUUGUUUUUAAGCUGCGUACCUUGGAAAAGUGAAGCUCUGUGUGUGUGUGUAGGUGUUUUUUUCUGCUGGUUCCUUGAUACACCAGGCGCUGGUGCAGCUGGCGUGUGCCCUGUGCUGUGCUGGCACUUCCCAUCACACUUGUGCCACCAGCUGCAGCAAAUGGAUCCUCCUCACCCUUCCCUGCCAUGGAGCCCAGGCUUCUGCCACUGCCUCACCCCACAGCUGCUCUGACUGUCUGCAGAGAGGGACAAAUGUGGAAACACUUGUUGCUUCUGAAAUGUGCAAAAGCUUUUGCAGAAGCUGCAGGGUUGCAGCACAUGGCACAAAUCUGCCUGGUCGCUGCUUGCUGUUGUCGUUUUGCCUAGCAACUCCUAUGGUCCGUGCAGUAACGUGUGUUGAGCACAUCACCACGUACCCCAGGGCAUCUCCUUAGCAAACAGCACACAACGGCCUGUUUUCCUUAGGUUGUCUUUUCCUACAGCAAGAGCUUAAAUGCUUUCUAUCUUCCCAGCAUGCUGAUGUGGGAACUGCAGCCCCUGGCUCGCUGUUGUGCUCGCAGUGCUGAUACAGUGGAGAUCCAUCCAUCCUGUGCCCAGCAGUGCUCAUCCAUCCCAUGCAGAGAUGCGGGCAGGGCUUGUGCCUUCUCUCUGCCCUGCGCCCGUGGGUGGGCACCUUCAGGUUGUCCUUGCAGAGUGUGCACGCUGCGGUCACCCGAGAGACUCCAGUGGGAGCGUGCAUGGCUUGGAGAGCUCUGGGAGCUUUCAGGAGGAGCAGGAGCUGCCUUCUGUGGUGGGAAGCAUCGUGUCCUGCUGCGGGGACAGGUCGCUGAGCUGUGGGGAGCAGCCCCGGUGUAGCCUUGGCCAGCUCGCUGUGACGCUUCUCGGUGGCGUGUGGACACGUGAAGGUUAACUGCAUGUGCUCCAGCUGGGAGCAUCCUCUAGGUUCCAGCUGUCAAAGCACUAACUUAAGUAUGCUUCAUCUUUACGAGGCUGUAAACAGUGCCAUAGUCUGAAUUACUGAGUCCAGAGGCCUCCUGGGGGCAGUAUGAAUUGUAGUGACUUCCCUGGUAGUUACGGUCUGACUGCCGGAGCAGGGCACGUUUCGGACGUGCUGCUGGCUCAGCGGAGGUGGCAGUGGCUGCAGAGCGUGGGGUGUGAGCAGACUGCAGUGCUGCUCUGCCCCUCUUCGCUCCCCAAAGCCCACCCAGCGCUCCUCUGAGAAACCAAACAGAUGCCGAUAACCAUUCCUUCCAAAGUUCAGGCACAUGAGAAAGUGACCUUUGUAGGCCCGCUGCACGUGGGCAUUCAGAUCCAUUCAUUUGAAGCUGCUAGUGGUGGGACCUUGGUGGGUAGCGAUGGAGUUUGUGUUCAGCCAGUGCUGGGAUGAGAAGGUGGAAGUUAGGGAGUGACAGUCGGGGCGUCCCUCCUCCUGCCCCCUGAAGCUGACCCCUUGUGCUGUUCUCUGCCAUUUGUGCCAAGCCUGACUGCAGCUGCCUGUGGAGAUGGAUGGGCUUCUGUUAAGCACACCUUGCGUGUGCUCCCCUGUGAAGUGAGCCCAGGUAUUAGCACGGCAGGAAGCGAAGGCAGGAGCACAGCAGCUGGGAAUGCAGGGUGAUUUAUUCCGCGGAGAUGUGAGUGAUGGAAGCAGACAGCUUCGGAGCUGUGUUGUGGCUCCAGUUCUCCUCCCUCCCCUUCCUUUCAUUCUCUCUUUCUGUUCCCCAACUCGUCUUUCCGUUUUAUUUUAACAGCACUCCAGAUUGCGGGAUAAAUCUUAGCCGAGUUGAUGUCCACCACCAGUGGAUCUCUUCCAUCUCCCCACACUGGAGAAAAGUUGCACAGGGAGUAAGGGCUGUGGAAGAGUCCCUGGUGUGCCUGGUUUACAGUGCCAUCAGCUUUUCCUGGCUCUCUCCAGCUGUGGCCCUCAGUCUGUCUAGUCUGUGGGAUUCAGAAAAUUCUCUCAACCAGAGCUCAGACCUGGUGUUUUGGAAAGGGGCGUGAAGUAGCGCUGAAUGUGGGAGAGGGUGAUAGCAUGAAUGCAUAAGUUGCUGUUGUUCAGCUGUGUGACAUCUGAAAUUGUUCCCUGUUCUUAAAGAUCAUAGUAGUUGGUCUUUAUCCCAGCAAGUGGACCUCUUCCUCCAGCCCUGGCCCAUGCAGGUGCUCUUCUGAUGCAAAAUGCUUAUAUCAUCUACAGGCUGUGCACAGUGUUAAGGCCCAGUAUUACGGGUGCGAGGUAAAAGCACAGACCAUGCCUUCAUCUUAGCCUCCUCUUUGCUGUUCUUACAGCUCUGGGCAGGCGUUGUUGAAAGCUGCAAGAAGGGGUCUGCUUGAGGUCGGUAAGGUUUGCUUUUUGGUACUGAUGAGGAAACAAAGAUGCAAAGGGGGACAGGGAAAAGCUGCAGAGCUGCGCUGCAAAACCGUGAGAUCUGGGGGUUUGGAAUAGCUGGGAUUUCUGCAGAGAAGCACAGGACCAGCAGUCCCUGCAGUGUCUAGGGACUGCAGGGCUCUAACUCCAGAUGGUUGCCUCGUCCUUACCCUGUUCUAUUCAGGGAGCGCAGGCUCCUCUGAGGCACACUGCAGACCCUCACUUGAAAAGGAAUUCCUUAAUUGGCUUAAAGACGGUUAGGGAAAUGAAAACAGCAAGUAGAGCUUCCUCGCCAUCCAGAUUUCUUUCCUCCACAGGGAUUGCUUUUGGAGUGAGUGUUCAAAUAUACCUCAAGUGCAGGUGGCAAAACGGGGGAAUCGCGUGUCCUUUGGUCUCAGGAGUCCACCCACCUUGCUGAAGCUGUCCCGUCUUCUCAGAGGGAGCAGCUUCAUGAGUUCAGCUUCUUGCUCCUUUCCUUGCCUCUUCCCCUCCCCACUGGGAGCAGGUACAUCUAAAAUGCAGCCGUGGGAAUCAGCCCCGUCUUUGCUUUUCUGUCUUACGGUCUCACAUUUGUAGCACUGAGGGGCUCCUUCUCAUUCUCUGCCUCCCUGUUCAGAUCCUCCUUCAAGGAGCAGCCAGGUCUCUGUUCCUCCAGGGUCUGUUUCAACUUCGAGCUGGAGAGAGGUGAUCAAGACUGCCCUUGGAAGGUUUCUGUGCCCAGGUCUGUGAGCUCCUCCAGUGGUUCUGCAGUUUCCUCUCACAGCUGGGCUGCAGGACACACAGCAGGUUGGUGGGACAGCAGUCCUCGUUGGGAUCGUUUCCCCACCAAAGAAAAGUACUGCCCAUGCAGCCCAGCAUGCUAUGCUACCAUGUCACUGGCUGUCGUUUCUCAUCUGGGCUAACUCAUCUCCUGCACAGAGCCUGCUGCAACCUCCUUGUGUUAAUGAAACUAAGGCAAAGGAGGUUGCACCUACCCCCUGAGGGGCUUCGCAGGUAGCCAGGACCUGGAGCUCACUGCCUGCCUGCCUCACUCCUCCCUCUUGUGCAACACUUUGCAUACUGAGUCAAGCUGAGGGUGCUCCUUCAACAACCUUGACUCAGCAUGAAUGCCCUGCCUUCAGGGGCCAUGCGUAGCUGCUUCAGCUCCUGUUAGAUCCUGUGUAACCUCAUCUUUGGCUCUGGCCGUGUCCUGGCCACCCUGUUCAGGGGGUGGCUGCUGUUCUAGAAAGGAAGUGGGAAUCCUGAUCAUCUCCUGAGCAGUUGUAAGUCAGCACUGAAGACAUCAAGUGUGAUGUCAGAGAGGAGCUUGGAAGUCAUUCACAGCUCUUGCUUUGAGGCUGUUCUCUGCUCCUCUGUGGCCAGGUGCUGGUAUCAGGGUACUCAGAGGUCCCGGUAGCUCACCAAGUCCCAGGUUUGGAUGCUUAUUUUGUUCUCUUAAGAUUCUCUGCACAUACACCCACAAACCCUUUAAUAUCUGUAAUAAACCAUAUGCCCCUGUUAUUUAAAUAAAAUAAAGUUGGAAAAGCCUCCCAGGAGCAUCUGGAACUUCACCACCUGUAGAAAAUCGAUAAUUAAAGGAGCUGUGGGGAGAAGAGCCCAUAAAGGCAGUGUCAGUGGAAAAAGAGGAGUGUCUGAAAGUCUUUCAUCUUCCUGUUGGCAGUGCUCAGAUGUGACUCCAGCUGCUUUUUAUUCUGGGAUGCGGGCAAAUGUGUGGUCCCAGGGGGGCUGGGGAGAGCAUGCGAGGGCUGUGCUGCUGAAAGAGGCCUUCCCAGCAGUCCUGGCUUAGGUGAGGCACAGGCUGAGCACUGAGCAAUGGUCCAGCAUGCACCUUUCUGCCUUCUCACAGCUUGGUCGCCAAGCCCUGCGUCUUCUGGGCUAAGAACAGUUUUCUUGGCCUGCUUCAUUUCUGUGAUUAUGACUGUUCACAGACAGCAGGACUGGCUUGACCCGAAGGUUUGGAAAUCAUUAAAUUAACAAGUAAUUUAGAGGAUGGUGAAUAAUCAUUGCCAGGACUUGAGAAAUUCAUAUUUGGUUUCUGGACUUGUUGUAGACCUAGUGGUUGAGCAUAGACUUUGGUUGCUCAGUGCCUUGUUCACUGCCUGGAUCACAGACCCCUGCAGGAGGAGAAUCCAAGGCUCCAAAGCAGGCGCAGAGCUGCACAGUUACUUACAUAGACAUGCAUGCAGUCUUAGCUGUUUCAGGUGCUGGUGGUAUUUCUUAGGCUGGAGUGGCAAAGUCUUUCCCAGUCCUGCCCAGAACUUCCCCAGAUGCUUGGUGGAAAGAAGUAAUCUGUCAGCCAAGCAGGCGUUGCAAGGUAAGGAGGACGCAGUCAUGUCUGUGUUUGCUGGAGACCAAAGGGACGCUGGAGUUAGGUUGCUUCGGGAGGAGCUGUGCUGCUGCCUGUGUUCUUUUGGCUAAUCUGAACACUUAGCAUCCCAGAUCCUUCUUGCUGCAGAUCUUUCACAAGUUGACAGUUUUAAUUUCCCGACCUCUUGCCCUGUGGACAAUCCGCAGCCAACUUGUUGCUGAAUGCCCCUUCGUGCUGUGUCUCAUUCCCGAGGCACUUGUGCCCGAAGGUUCAACCAUUUCUGAGGUGAAGGGUGGAGAUGUGACCCCUCCAGAUGGGCGUAAAUGGAGAGUUGUCCCGGCGUGUAUCCACAUGCAGUGGCCAGCACACUCUGUGCUUGCCAUCCUCCAGGAUGCUGGGUAAGUAGGCAGGUGUCUUUUGCAGCCUGCUUCUUCUGAGCUGCUGAUAUCUCCCUGUGUGAGUGAUGCAUAUAUCAUUUGACUGCCAGUACCCUCCCCUCGCUGCUCCGGCACGUAAGCCUGUGUGUGGUACACCGGGUUUGACAGAAGGAGCCAACCCUGCUGCAGGCUUUCACCGUUUGUCAGAAUAAAUUGCUUCUUCCUCCAAUUGCGAGGAGGAGAUGCUGGUUCAUUUGCCCUGAGCCCGAGCAGCACCCAAGGCAGCUUCUCCCCCUUGUUCUUCCUCCCCCUGAGCCUGCAAGGAGAGCAGAGCCUGCUGGCUGCAGGCUUCCCAAAACACGCCUGAUGCAGCAGCAGAUUUUGUGCAGUACUGCAUUCAUCUGCAUGCCCUGAAAUAACAUGGCAAGGGGAACGGAGCUGGAGAAGGUGCGGAUGAUCCAGGAGGGGAAAGACUGGAGGCAGCUGUGAGGUUGGUGGGGUAUACUCCUCUUUGAAGCCUCUGCUCUCUGUGCAGGGCCAGGCAGCUCUAUUCACCCUUGUCCCCGCUUCACACCCCCAGCAUGGAGUGAGAUGUGGAGGAACAUGGCUCCAGUGCAGCAGGCUGCUCCAAGCCCCCUUGCCCAUUUUUUUCCAGUGUCUGGCAGUGGGUGAGUGUAUGUGCCCUUGGAAGUUGUGUCAGGAGCCAAGGACUUGAUGGUAAGAGCAAGUGGGUGCAUGUGUGUGCGAGCUCCCAUCCUGAUUUGUUUGGGACGGUGCCCUGAGCUGCUGCUCUGCGUGUUGAGAUCCUUCUCUGGAAUCAGUCUUCUUCUGAGGGGUUGCAAGUGUUGUUCCUGAAGUAGGAGAGAGAACUUUCAGGUUUGCGCUCUGCCUUCAGGCUUCUUUUUGCCAGUGGAGAAGAGCUGUUGAGGUAUGCUGGGAGACUGCAGUGCUGGUUGGAGGCACUGAUGGUUGCUCAGGAAGAACCACCAUCCUCAUCUGUCCACUCAGUGCUGUUUGUGGGGUGGCAGUGGUGGCUUGAUCACCGUGCCCUGAUCUGACCAGAGAAUGAACUCCAUGGGCAUCAGGAGUUGCCAGAGUUCACCUUUCUUCUUCUGUCUCCUGGCAAGCUUUUCUUUUCUGCACAUCAGUGCAAAGCAUGCUGGCUGGGUUACUAAGCUAAAGCUGCUUUCGUGAGGCAGAGGGCUGGCUUAGUUUUUCGUUAAGGCAUGUUAAUCACUCUCAAGGGAGACUGACAGCCACUGACACUGACCAUGGUGCUUCACUGCCUUUCCUACUUGCAGCCGGCUCACGGUCCUGCCUGCAGUGCUCUGGGCAUGGCUGGUAGCUUCAUGGGCUGGCACAGGACGGUGACGCUGCAGAGCCCGGCAGCGUGGGCUGGCUCCCAAGAAGUUUCCCUGUUUGCAGGAGGAGUGGCUGGCAUCAAUUCUGCAAGGAGCCAGGGUGCUGGCCAGGUUACGGCUCUGGACCAGGAGCUGGAUGCUCCAGGCUCUGCAUCCUCCCUCUGCCAGCGCUUCACUGCGCAGCUCUGGACUCCCUCCAUCCCAAAUGACUCGGAGCUAUUGAUUACUGUGGGCUUUCUUAAUUGCGCCUUGAAGUUAUGCCUUGAUUUUUUUCAGGGAGCAUUUAGGGAAGAAGGUAGGUGUUGCCCUAGCAAAUGGCGGUGCCCCAUGCAGCUGAUUGCAGGCCGGGAACUGGGGUGACAAAGGCAGAGAGGAGCUCGGCAGGUGCUCCUCCCCCCACUUCCCCGCGGGUUCCCCCGUGCUGCCUGAGCUUCCACCACCCUGUUUGCCCACGGGACUACCCGAGGGGGCGGUGGGGCCUUUCCAGCCUCGCUUGGCUUCCUCCAGCAGCACUAUUUUGCCUCUCAGCAAAUAGCGUCGAAUUUCCUUUUCAUCCCAGGAAGGAAGGAAUUUAAUUUACUCUUUCAAAUUACAGGGCAGUAUGAGAAUAUGUCCGAGAGCGGUGUCCCGUGGGCUUUGGCAGUGCGGGGCCGUGCCACCACCCUGGGCAGCUGUUCCGUGCCCACCACCCCCUGGGGCAGAGCCUUUCCCUCACCCCCAGCCUUCCCUUGCCACAGCUCCGUGUUGCUCCCUCGGGCCCUGUCGCUGUCCCUCCGCUCCCUGUUUGGCCCUGCUGCCUGGCAGCUCCACUGCUCUUCUCCCCAGGCUGCUCCUUCCUUCAGUUCAUCUCUGUUACCGUCCAGGGGAGGUGUCUGCUGGGACUGAGCCAUCACAAACCCUUGGGAAGUUUUGGGAGCCGCCUCAAGGCCGCUCCGUGGAUCCAGUUUUGGAGUCCCUGCGCUGCCUUUGAGCUCUUCCUUCCUGUCUCAGGGGGUCUUUGCAGAGUAUGAAGUUUCUCAUUUACCACCUUUUCCGCAGAAGCGUUCAGGCAUUUCUGCAUGUGAGUAAUUGCAGAUUCCCUCCUGCUGGGGCCAUCGAGGUGAGCGCUUGGAAGCAGCAGUGCACCUUAACUCUAAAUUUGUUCUCAGCAUCGGUGAGCAAAUGGGCUCAGGGGUGUCUGCUGGCACACGUGCAUGGCGAGCUGCUCACACCGUGCUGUGGAAGAUGAGUCUGAAGGGCCACGAGCUGGGUUACGGUGGCUCUCACGGUACUGCCUUUUUGUUUCUACCUGUUGACCAGAACCUUACCCUGUUUGAGCACAUUUUUCUGAUCCUCAGCCUUGGCGUGAUGGCUGAGUGUGAAAGUGCUUUUUUCAAGCCUUUUUAUAAAAGCCAUCUUCCAAGCAGAUAAGUAUUUUGUUUAGGAGCAGAUCCAUGAGAUGCAUUGUUCCCGUUCGUGGGAUUGACUUCAAAGAGUUCUAACCUUCCCCCAUCUCAGCUGCUCAUAAAUGUCGCCGGUCAGUUUUAUUUUAUGUGGGAAGCUUGCUGGAAUGCUCUUCAGACCAGAGAUGGAACAUAGUGGGAAAAAAAAAACCCAACACGCAAGGAUGCUGAAUCGAAUUGUGUCGGGCUUUCUGAAGGACAAGGCUCCUGUUCUGCCCUUGCCUUCUUGCUCCACGUGUUGAGGCAGCUGAAGCCACGAGCAUCCAAUGUGACUUGGCUCCGUUCAUCUUCCGGAGGUCAGAGCUCUCUGUUCUCUGGCUCCAACAUUUGCAGCGAUGCUGAGAACGGCGCAGCACCAGGAGUUCGUCACAGUCUUGUGCAUUGCUUUAGUGAUCUUUAUUUUUCUUUUGGAAAAGAUUUUUCUAGCAACAACAACAACAAAGUAAAUUCUUGAAUUCUUGUGUUUCAUUUGCUGGAGGUUUGGGGUCUUUUUCACCUGAGAAGGCAGCUUUUGUGGGGCUGCGUGCACGCUGAGGCACUCCCAAAUGUUUUAGCACAACCAGGAUGUUUCUUUGCUCUUUCUACGCCCAAAUUAUACCAAUUUCCUGAGUCUGGGACAAGAAACUGUAAAAGCGGCGUACCUCCUUUAAUGUAUUUGCUCUUAAGUGGAUUCAAAUAGCAGCUGUACGUGGAUUUCAGUCAAAGUCAGUGAGGAAAUGCACUUAAGCGAGGCAAGAUGUAGACGGAGGCCAUUAAUUCAUCACUCCCUGAAGCAAAAUCAAUGUAUUAAGACACUGUCAAACCUGUUUAAGCCGUAGUAAGAUGCUGGGCUGAGUUAAUGGCACGCAUAUUUUCCUUAUGGAGCAUAAUACUUACGUGCAAUUGGACCAUAAUAUUAUUUGCUCUUAAUCUCCCCGCGUAGCCAAAAACUAGGGGAAUUAGGUAUAGAGAAGAUAAAUAAAGUGGUUGUGCUGAGGAACGAUGGCAGCACUAGCAGGUUUAUUUAGGGUAUGCUAUGCAGCCAGCGCUGCUGAGGUUUGAACUCAUCGCAUUGGCAUAGUGCAUCUCUUCCAGGCUCUGCAUCCCCAUGACCCUGGGGUGGUGCAGGAGGUGCUGCCUUAGGGUGGGAUGUCUGGUCCCUCAUCUGAAGAUGGUGAGCCCGGAGCUUGCUGAAUUUGAUCAAAGCUGGGACUUGGACUUGGCAGCCUCCUCGAAGCGCUCCUUGUGGCUCUUGCUCUUGUGCCCCCAGGGAUUCUUUUUCUUCUGGCAGAAAUUUGGGUAACCUUUUCAUUUGCGGGGGAGCCCUUGAGAGUGGUCUUGUCUCAUUGGUCUGUAGCUGCAUGGUGCUCUCCUAGCCAAACUGGUUUCCUCCCCAAAAAUAGUAUUUCUGGGCACUGAAGCAAUUAAGGUGUAUUAAAGGCUUGUGAUGCACGGCCUGUUUUUCUCACAAGGCAAGCCUUCCGGAGUCAGAUUCUGCUUUGAAGAUUUUGCAUGAGGAAUGAUAAAAGACUCCAGCACAUCAGCUCAGGAUAACGCUGCCUGUAUGUCUGCAGCCUUAGAAGAAAGCAGGUGUGAUGCAUGCCCCUUCCAGCUGCAUUAUUUUGCCUUCUUGCAACAGCUGCAGGCCUGGAACUCCAGUGCCCGCUUCAUCAGAUACGCUGAUGCCUGCAAAGAUUCUGCUCUUUUUCUCCUUUUCCCAGGUCAAACCCAGGCAGGGAUUUCAGAUUUCAGACAAGAGGACUCUGCAAGUGAUGAAGAGCUUCACAACUUCUUUCCUUCAUCAAGGACAGAUUUUGGUGCAUCUUAUUGGAGUUUCAGGGUGCUCCUGUCUCUGCUGUGCUUCUGCUUCUGCUCGAUUCCCACCUGGCUCUGGGCACCUCCUUGGGGCCUCUUGUGUUGCCAGUGAAGGGUAGAGAAGCAUUUCUCUGUUCCUCUUGCAUCCUUUGCAAGCAGUUGUACUUACAGUGUAGCCUUGGAAAUCGUUUCUUCCCUGUCCUUUGGCAGAAUGUCCCCUCUCCCCAGUAACAUCUUCGUUAAGACAUGCAAGCCCUGUUCUCUGGGAGUUUGACUGCAAAGUAAAUUGCUGGGAAAGUGGCAGUUUGAGAGCAGAUUCUGUGGUUUUAUUGGCUCCCACAGCCAUAUACUGCUGAAUAAACUUCAUUUAGCUGGGGCCUAUAUUUUUUUCUCACACUCCUAAUUUAGUAGAGUUCAAUUUUCCCCUGAGAGCCUCCUUAUUAAAACCCACAGCCUCUUCUCUCCCUGGCCAGUGAGUCACACGUGAGCUGGCCGAGCCCUUUGGGAGCUGUGUCCAGCACAGGAAAAAGUGUAGAAGCUGAAUAGAAACUGUGCAAGAACACACAUGAGAUCUGGUGCGACGGGACCAAGAAAUUCCCAGGAACUGGAGUGUGUCAUCAGCUUGGAAAACCUGUAGUGUCUGUCUGAGCCUCUUGGCCCUUUGUAGGGAGCAUUCUGUGCUGCUCAUGGGUCUUUUAAUGGCCCUGCUCACCUUCAGGCGCUCACUCUUGCAAGGUCUUCUGCUGCAGAAUUAAUUUUUUUUCUCCCUUCUACUCGGAUAAGUGAUCCUCCUCUGCCACCGUUACUUCGUUAAACAGAACAAAUAGAGUUGUCUUGCUCCAUCACGAGUUAUUAGCAUUGGCAGUUACUGUUCUCUGUGUAAAUGUAAUUGCUCUGUCCAAGGAAAGCUAGGAGCUCAGACCAGGGCCCCAGCUCCAGUCUUGUCUUGAGGGAUCCGCCUGGUGUGGAUCCUGACUUUGUUACUCUGGUAUGAUCCUCCAGGAAAGCAUGGGUGAGCCCAGGGGCCGUUUUCUUUGUGGUCUUCCCUUCUACAGCUGAAGAACUGUGCUGGGGGGAAGUGGGCUAUGAGCACGAAGGGACAGGUCCCUUCUUGUGCUUUUGUUUUGGCUGCACUUCUCUGUGAGCUUGGGUGAAGGUCACUGGAAUUUCAGCCUGUUUUAUUGACUUGGCUCGCUUUAGAGGAGUGAGAGAGGCAGGAUUUGGAAAUGCUUAUGCAACCUGCACUGUUUGUAUGAUGCUGGCACAGAGCUGGUGACACUUCUGUAGCCUUGGGGGCUAACAAGUGUGAAUCAGAGGCUGUUUUUCUCUAUUGAUGCUCCUAUAAAAAUCUGUAAAUAUUGGAGAGUCCCUGCUCAUAGCUUUUCUGUGUUGCUCUGCCAGUACAUCUGCCAAAACCUUCCCCUGAUCCAGCCCAGCCCUGCCUGGCUCUGCAGGAGGAGGGUAGCUCAGCUGCCAGUAUCUCCCUGCCUGGGCUGCACAGCGUGUAGGCAGGAGCCAGCGGUGCCAGCCACGCGCCCUCCCAACAGCUCGACUGCCAAGAGUGGUGCUGCGUGUUUCCUGACCUCCUGCAGCCAUCCUUGCACAGCCAUGGCUGUCUUCUGCUGCAGCUGCUGCUGGAGGUGUGGUAGGUCCGUGCGUGAGACUGCUCCCCUGGGUCAGUGCUGCUGGAAGGAGUUAAACAGCAAACAGCUGCAUGGGAGAAGUGGUUUACAGCUCGCAGAUAAUUGAGGCAGCGUUUUGUUUGUUUGGUGUUGUAUGAGCUUCCUUUUUCCACCGCAAAGAUCUAGCACCCUUUCUUGUAUUUAUCAAGCGGGAAGAUUUUGCUACAAUACAUCCCGUAUCAGAGAACUCGGGGCUUGUUUGUUGCUGACUAGAACAAUUGAUUUCUUUUUAUUUAUUUGUUUAUUUAUUGCUGGAGAGAACUGAAGCAGUAAGUUGUAAGGCUUUAGCUUCACUGGAGGAGCUUUAUUUAGAGAGAAACAGCCUGAUCUUGGUGCUGACACAAGCUCAUGCAGCCCUGCAUGCUGCUGGGGGCUGUGCAGCAGAGCGCUGGAUAUCUCGCUCCAGUGCCCGGGUGACCUCGAGCCAUUCACAGCGGUGGUCUGAGCUUCUGGCCAGGGCUGGCUGGCAUCUCUUGCCCUUGGAGAUGCACGGUGCUUGGGGCUGGCACAGCACCAGCUCCCUGCCUGGAGGAAAGACGUAAACUACAGGUUUGGGGCACUUCCCAGUCUUGCACCCUGCCCUGUUCCUUCCUGUCUUGUCCUGCUCUGGGGAGGCCUCCAGCAGUGCUUUUGGUCCCAGAUGACACCCAGAGGUGAUGGAGACCUCUGGCUUGUUUGGUGGCUGUGCGGAUGCCAGGGCUCUGGCAAGACAAGCAAGCUGAGCAGAGCCCUUGGAGGAGGUCACUGCUGUCCUGAGGUGGGUUUGGAAGUGCCUUAUGAAUCCCUUUGCUGUCUUCUGCCCUGCUUUAGUUAGAGGAGGACUCCUGCUCCUUAGAGGGAAGCAAAGGACCAGCGAUAUCUCUGCGGUGACUUUCCUUUCCCUCCUAGUGACAGCCUUUCCCUGCCACCGUGUCCUCCCUGAAAUGGUGUCCAGAGGGAAACAGCCACAUGCUGGCCUGGACUUCCCUCCCUAGAGGCUGUCAUCUUGGCUUUGUGGCACUUGUAAAUCUCCAGUGAAGGGUGAGAGUAAGGUUCCUUGGGACCUGAUCACAGCACAUCGAGAGCUCCAUACUUGGUAGAGUGAUUUAUACAUCUCUGAACACACUGCUGGAGAUAGGGGGUGUUAUGGUCCCUGCUGCCUUCCGGCUGGAGUGUGCCACAUCGCAGGGUGCUGGGAGGCUGGGCACCCUUCGUUUGCAUCAUCUUGCUCCCUGCAAAGUGCCUGCUUCCAGGAGAAAGCCCUCCUGUGGGUGGGUGACUUUGCAGGUCGCCGCAGAGCGGCUGUUGGAGAGGAGAACCCCUCUCCUGCCGGGCACUCAGGGAGGUGGCAGGCGUUGUUUAUCUCACUUGCGUUUUCUGGGGCUGGAGAGCAUGUGUGUUAGCAUGCAGCAGAUGGGCUUGAGGAAGAGAUGGCGGAGACAACUGUAUUUUCUCACACAGGCUUGUUGCCUGUCAGGAAAGGAGCCAGCCAGGCUUUAUAGGGAGAAGUAGAGACCCUGGGCAAGCUGUCAAGGGUUCCUUCUUCACCCAGCAUCUUAAUGCAAGGUAAGUGGGGCAGUGGCUGUUGCCACAAUACUCUGAGUGUAGGAAUGAGGUCUGCUGCAUGGUAGGCCAAGGGCCAGCACCCAGCAUUGCCUGUUCAGCUCUGUACCUGCUGUCACCUUGGGACCCUGCGUUUAUCAUGGUGCUCCAGGGGGGGGAGGGGGCCAGAAACAGGCUGCAGUUGUGCACUGCCGGUUGUCCAGGCUGGUGCACCAGUGCUGGGGACAGAACUGGGCUGGGGACAGCCCAAGAUGCCUGCCCAUGUCCCCUUCCAUUUCGAUGCAUCUCCUAGUGGAUUGCAUGGAAAGCUGUGUGGCUGCUGGGCACUGUGGCAAGGUGUGACAGCCUCCUUGAGGACAAGAAGACAGGGAUGUCCCUAUCAGCUUGCCAUGCUGGUGGCCCUUCCGCUGCCAGGAAAGUCACAGACCCACGAGGGAUCAGCAAAAGCAAGAGCUGGCCAAAGGCAAGCUUUUCUGGGAGCUGUCAGAGUCAAGCAGAUGGAAAUCCCAGCAGUGAGCGGGCUGGUGUACCUGGAAUGGGUGGCAUGGAAGGGCAGAGGGGGACCAGGACUGGGACAGCAGUACCAGGGAGAGGCAGCAGCUCUCUGUGGCUGCUGGCAGAACUCGGGGCAGAGCACAGGCAGAGCAGAGCCCUGCAGUGUCCUGGCUGCUGCAUCCCUUCUGCUGCCUGGAGCUCACAUCGCCCGCCUGGCCAAGGGAAGCUGUGCUGCCUUCCCAAGCCUGCAGCUCCGUGCUGGAAGCACAUCAGGCACUCCUGGCUCAUCCCACUGUCUCCUCGUGUCUUGCUGGAUAUCCUGGUUUUUCCCUUCUCUCUGCUGAUGCAGGAAGGGGGUAGGUGAUUUCUUUUCGUUGUCCUUCGUGCAGCGGGAGGAGCGGUGGCUGGAGGGUCCCAACCCGCGGUAAGCAGCGUGCCACGUGCAGUUAGGGGUCAGUUUUUGAGCCCGUGCUCCUCCAGCACAGGAUGCUGCAGGAUGGAUGUGGAUGGCGCAGGUUGCUGGCAGCCUUUGCUUGCCUUUUGCUGAUGUCGGUGGUUUGAUGAGCCUCAUCCAGUAAGACAAAUGGAUGUGACAGGAUCACGGUGCCCUUCAUGGCCCCUUUUGCUUCCCUGCCUCCGCUGGAGCUGGUCACACGGCUCCUUCCCUUUCUCUGUUUGAAGGCUGGUUUCCCUUUCAGAUGUUUGUGGGCUGCUACAGGGAGAGACUGUGCUCAUGGCUGUAGAACUUCAGGCAGAAAAAUCAAUGUUUAUAUUUCUUUUAGCUGGGAAAGAUUCUUGAAAGAAUUCCAGUAAAUAAAUGCCUUGUAAAGUUCAAACUGUGAAGGCACGGUAUAUGAACCCAAAUGAAUUUUCAAGCUCUCUCUUGAAAUAAAAUGGAUUUUUUGGGUUCAGGCUUUAUUUAGAGAAACGUUUGAUUAAAGGAGGGAUUUGAAGGUUGCAUCUGAUCUCCUUGUGAGGGAGAGCUGCUCUGCUACUAGCAGCGAGAUGGGGUUGGGAAAUGUGGUUGGAUGCUGCCGGGGUGCUCCUGGGAGAGCAUCCCCUGUACCCAGCCAUGGAGGGUGGCUUUUGCUGUGUCCUGUGUCCCCUCAAGGCCCUUCUGCUGCAAUGCAAUCAGCUCAGCUGCCUUGGAAAGCUGCUCAUGCAGGUGCUGCUGCUUGGGAUGCUGAAGGGCAGCCAGCACCACGCUCCCUCUGUGGACUGCAUGGGCAUCUCAGAGCUUUCUGUACCUGCCCUCUGUGGUACAACAUGUUCUCUCUCCCUUGUUUGUUCCAGUCUGUGCUGUGCUGAUGGUGAGCCCUCUGAUUCAGGCUGCUGGCUCCUUGCUUUGGGGCAGCCUGAAGUCAGUGUUCCCAGGAAGAGCUGAGGGUGCAGGGUGGGCUCGGAGGCUCUUCAUUAUCUGGUUUGGAGUGCACGGAGGUGGGGCUCCGGGGUCUGGUGCUUUGCGUUUACCUGCGGGAGAACUGUUUGGUCUUUGUACAAAGGAGGAGGAAGCAGGAAACUCUGCUUCAGCUCAGUGUGGUUGAAAGCUCCAGGAAGUGACCGGAGCAGGGGACAAAGGGCAUUUGAAAUGCUGCAGUUCUUCCUGUUGCUCGUUAGCACACGUGCAAUCAGGGCAUUGCCUUCCUGAAAGCACCAGGAGGGCCACAACGAGGAGAGCUGAUCUCUGUAAGCCCAGAGGCUACCGUUGCCUGUGGCAUAUGUUGGACCUGUUCCCACAUUCGGGUGUCAGGCUUUUCCCUGCAGGUCUGGAGGCUGGAACCAAGGACUGCCAGGGUCUGUGGCCUCUCCACUUCCCAGCCACUCCCACUCUCCCGGCUCCAUGGCUGCCGUGCCCGAGUGGUCCUGCACCCGCUGCACCUUCCUGAACCCCGUGGGCCAGCGGCAGUGCUCCAUAUGCGAAGCCCCGCGCCAGAAACCCGACCUCAACCACAUCCUGCGGCUCAGCGUGGAAGAGCAGAAAUGGGCCUGUGCCCGUUGCACCUUCAGGAACUUUUUGGGCAAAGAAACCUGUGAGGUGUGCGGCUUCACCCCGGAGCCGGGGCCCAGCGGCUCUCCCCUGCCCGUCAUCAAUGGCAUCCUGCCCAAGCCUGCAGUGCUGGUGGAGCCCAAGGGCGCAGCCAAAGAGGAGGCUGCCAAGGUGGAAAGCAGCAGCGAGGAUUCGGAGGGGAAGAGUCCCGACGAAGCGGAGCUGGAGAGCGGCUGGGCUUGCCAGCGCUGCACGCUGCACAACACUCCAGUGGCCAACUCCUGCUCGGCCUGCGGCGGGCCACGCAAGCUCUCCCUGCCCAAAAUCCCACCAGAGGCGCUGGUCGUCCCUGAGGUCAUCACCCCUGCUGGCUUCCACAUGGCCCCCUCCACCCCACAGUCUUUAGUCCCCACAGAGAUCUCUGACGGUGACGCGGCGGCCGCUCAGGGCCCGGUGGCAAUGGAGCAAGAGGCACAGAAGAUGGCGGCCUUCAGCCCCUUCUCCCCGGGGCUGCAGAACAACCCAGUGCCCCGCAGCCGGCGCGAGGUGCCCCCCCAGCUGCAGAUGCCGGGCCCCGAAGCACCACAGCCUGGGGCUCAGGGCCCUGCGGGGCAGAAGGGCUCCCCACAGGGCCAGGCCAGGGCUGUGCCGGCCGCCCGCCUCCAGGAGCUGCUGUCCAACAAGCGGCUGAGCGUGCUGGAGGAGGAGAUGGAGGUCAGCCCGUCCCACUGGAAGUGCAGCGCCUGCUCCCUGCUCAACUCCGCCGGGGCCGGUAAAUGCGAGGUCUGCAGCACCCAGAAAGGCAGCGACACCAUCAAUUUGGUGGGGGACUCGGUGAGGUUCACCCCCUGUAGCCCCUCCAGCCCUGACUUCACCACCUGGUCCUGUUCGAAGUGCACCCUCAAGAACCCCACCGUGGCCCAGAAGUGCAAAGUGUGCGGCUCCUCCAAGCUGCACGGCUUCCAGGAGCACGGCCCCCAGGGCGAGCCAUCCCCACGCUGCCCCGAGUGCGGGGCCAGUGAGAAGGGCGGCUGCUCCUCCUGUGGCACCAAGGCACCCUCUGCCCGCAAGGUCGCCCGCCUCUUCCCGUCCCAGCUGCCCGGCACCCAGGAGCGGCCGGGCCAGUGGGCUUGUCCUGCGUGCACCCUGCUCAAUGAGCUGAAAGCCAAGCACUGCGUGGCCUGCCAUACCCCGCAGCAGUACGUGGCCCAACGCAAGGGACUCAAGCCUCUCAAGAGGAGGGAGAGCAUGCACGUGGAAAAGAGGAGACAGACAGAUGAAGGAGAGGCCAAGGCCCUGUGGGAGAACAUUGUGACCUUCUGCAGGGAGAACAAAGUCAAUUUUGUAGAUGACAGUUUCCACCCUGGGCCCAAGUCUGUGGGAUUCCCGGAAGGUGACAGCGUGCAGCAGAGGGUGAAGCAGUGGUUGCGGCCCCACGAAAUCAACUGUAGCAUCUUCAAAGACCGAUCGGUGAAGUGGUCGGUGUUCCGGACACCCAGGCCCUCGGAUAUCCUUCAGGGACUGCUGGGAAACUGCUGGUUCCUGAGCGCCCUGGCCGUGCUGGCCGAGCGGCCGGAGCUGGUGGAAAGGGUGAUGAUCACCAGAACGCUGUGCCCCGAGGGCGCCUACCAGGUGCGGCUCUGCAAGGACGGCACGUGGACCACGGUGCUGGUGGACGACAUGCUGCCCUGCGAUGAGUGCGGGUACCUCCUCUUCUCGCAGGCCCAGAGGAAGCAGCUGUGGGUCGCCCUCAUUGAGAAGGCCCUGGCCAAGCUUCAUGGUUCGUACUUUGCCCUCCAGGCAGGGCGUGCUAUUGAAGGCCUGGCUACACUAACGGGUGCCCCCUGCGAGAGCCUGAUGCUGCAGGUCAGCUCCACUAACCCUCGUGAGGAACCCAUUGACACUGACCUCAUCUGGGCCAAAAUGCUGAGUUCUAAGGAGGCUGGGUUCCUCAUGGGUGCAUCCUGUGGCGGGGGCAACAUGAAGGUGGACGAUGUGGCCUACGAGAGCAUGGGGCUCCGUCCACGGCACGCCUACUCCAUCCUGGACGUGCGGGAUGUCCAAGGCUUCAGGUUACUGCGGCUCCGAAACCCGUGGGGUCGCUUCUCUUGGAACGGCAGCUGGUCCGACGAGUGGCCCCACUGGCCUGCCCCCCUACGCCACGACCUGAUGCCCCAUGGCAGCAGUGAGGGGGUCUUCUGGAUGGAGUACAGCGAUUUCAUUAAGUAUUUUGACUCCGUGGAUAUCUGCAAGCUCCAUUCAGACUGGCACGAGGUGCGUGUGCAGGGCAUGUUCCCCAACAAGGCCAAUGGACCAGUGACGGUGACAUCGCUGACGGUGUUGGAGCGUGCUGCCCUGGAGUUUGCCCUCUUCCAGGAGGGCAGCAGGCGCUCGGAUGCUGUGGACAGCCACUUGCUGGAUCUGUGCAUCAUGGUUUUCCGGGCCACCUUCACCAGCGGCAACAAGCUGAGCCUCGGCCGCUUGAUGGCUCACAGCAAACGAGCUGUCAAGAAGUUCGUCAACUGCGAUGUGAUGCUGGAGCCGGGCGAGUACGCCGUCGUGUGCUGUGCCUUCAAUCACUGGAGCGCUGCGCUGCCGGGCCCCACUGCCGCACAGGCAUCCAGUCCCACCAGCAGCCGGCCGGCCACCGAUUACUCCAGCUACAUCCUGGCCAUCUACAGCUCCCGCCUGGUGAUGGUGGAGCAGGUGGAGGCUCAGCCCACCACGCUGGCAGAUGCCAUCAUCCUGCUGACUGAGAACAAGGGCGAACGCCACGAGGGCCGUGAGGGGAUGACGUGCUACUACUUGACACACGGCUGGGCAGGGCUCAUCGUGGUGGUGGAGAACCGGCACCCCAAGUCCUACCUGCACGUCCAGUGUGACUGCACCGACAGCUUCAAUGUCGUCUCCACGCGUGGCAGCCUCAAAACACAGGACAGCGUCCCUCCCCUGCACAGGCAGGUGCUGGUGAUCCUCUCCCAGCUGGAGGGUAACGCCGGCUUCUCCAUCACCCACCGCCUGGCGCACCGCAAAGCCACCCAGGCCUUCCUCAACGACUGGAUGUCCACGAGAGGCACCCACAACCCGCUGCUCACACCCGAGGUCGCUGGACUCCACGGACCCCGACCUCUAUGA